UCGGCAUGCGUCAGGGAGGGUGGGGCGGGUGUAGCUCCACGACUUUGUGUGGCAGCGGCAGUCACACUGUUUCUGGAAAAAAUAAGAAGCAAGACACAAGAGAAGCACGUGUAGUGGGUGGUACUCAGCACACUGCUUUCACGUGGCUCUAGCGAGCUCCGAGCACGGCCGUCAGUCCAGUGGCAACAGCAGGAGACAACAUCAUGGCUGUGGAGAUGGAGCCUGCGGAUGUGAUCCGCCUGAUAAUGCAGUACCUCAAGGAGAACAACCUCUACAGAACACUGACCACCUUACAGGAGGAAACCACCGUCUCGCUCAACACAGUGGAAAGCAUCGACAGCUUCAUUGCGGAUAUAAAGAGCGGCCACUGGGACUCCGUCCUGCUGGCCAUCAAGUCCCUCAAGUUGCCCGACAACACACUUAUUGACCUUUAUGAGCAGGUUGUAAUGGAGCUCAUUGAAAUGAGGGAGGUGGGAGCAGCACGCUCACUCCUCAGACAAACUGACCCGAUGAUCAUGUUGAAGCAGACGCAGCCAGAGAGGUACAUCCAUUUGGAGAACCUGCUAACAUGCUCCUACUUUGACCCUAGUGAGGCGUACCUAAAAGGCAGCAGCAAGGAGAAGCGGCGCAGGGCCAUAGCCGAGGCGCUGGUGAGGGAGGUCAGCGUGGUGCCCCCUUCUCGUCUCAUGGGGCUCCUGGGACAAGUUGGCUCUAUGAGAAUACAACAGUUACCAGGUCACGUCUUCCCUGACACGACCAUCGAAACAUCUGGCAACAAGGACAAACAUGUGGAGAAGGAGAGCUUUCCAACACAGCUGUACCGCCACAUCAAGUUUGGGAGGCGGUCACAUGUGGAGUGUGCCCGUUUCUCUCCUGAUGGCAAGUACUUAAUCACUGGAUCAGUGGACGGGUUCAUAGAGGUCUGGAACUUUAACACUGGAAAAAUUAGUAAGGAUUUAACGUACCAGGCCCAAGACCGCUUCAUGAUGAUGGAUGAUGCUGUGUUGUGUAUGUGCUUCAGUCAGGACACAGAUCUACUGGCAACUGGAGCUCAGAAUGGCAAAAUAAAGGUGUGGAAUAUCCAGAGUGGCUUGUGCCUGUGUAGGUUCGAUUAUGCCCACAACAAAGGUGUGACUUGUCUAAGCUUCUCCAAGGACAACAACCAGAUCCUCAGUGCCUCCUUUAAUAAGACCAUCAGAAUCCAUGAAUUGAGUUCAGGCAAGUUGCUGAAGGAAUUAAACGGCCAUUCGUCGUUUGUGAACGAUGUAUCUUUCACUCAAGAUGGAUUUCACAUCAUCAGUGCCUCCUCUGAUGGCACAGUUAAGAUUUGGAAUACAAAGUCCUGCAAGUGCAUCCACACUUUCAAAUCUCCGUCCUGGACAUCAGGAGUUCCUGUCAACAAAGUGAUUCCUCUACCCCAAAAUCCAGAACACUUUGUGAUUUGCAACCACUCCAACAUGGUGGUCAUCAUGAGCAUGCACGCUCAGACUGUGAAGACCUUAAGCUCAGAUAGAAAGGAAAAGGCCGACUUUGUGUGCUGCACCCUGUCGCCCCACGGGGAGUGGAUUUACUGUGUGGGAGAGGACUUGGUUCUGUACUGCUUCAACUAUACGACAGGAAGGCUGCAGAAAACGCUGACCGUACACGAGAAAGAUGUAAUUGGCAUCGCUCACCACCCACAUGAGAAUCUGAUUGCCACAUACAGCGAGGAUGGCCUCCUAAGGUUAUGGAAACCUUGAACUGUCUCAUGCAUCGUGAAAUGGAGGACCUAGAGGACCUCACAAGCGGUUAUAAAGCAAUUUAUUCAUUUCUAUGUAAUACAAAAAAAUGGAUUACUAAAACAAAGGGAUACAUUAA